AUGUCGCUUACGGCGACAAUGGACGCGCAGAUGGGGAAUGCGCCGCCGGGGCCUCAACACUCGCAGUCGGUGUCGUUGGGGAGCUCGGCUGUCCAGCAACCGAAAGUGCAAACUGCGUUUAUUCAUAAGCUCUACAACAUGCUCGAGGACGCAAACAUCCAGCAUCUCAUAUCGUGGUCUCCCAGCAACGAGAGCUUUGUUGUCUCCCCGACUGGCGAGUUCUCCAAGGUCCUGAGUCAAUAUUUCAAGCACACCAAUAUCUCCUCCUUCGUACGCCAGCUCAACAUGUACGGCUUCCACAAAGUGAACGACGUCUUCCACACCGGUUCCCCGGAUUCCACGUUGUGGGAGUUUAAGCACGGAAACGGAAGUUUCAAACGCGGUGAUUUGGUUGGCUUACGGGAGAUCAAGCGCCGGGCGUCACGACACGCCUUGAUCCAUCGCGAUUCAUUCUCCGGACCCAAGGGUACUGCCGUUUCUGCUCCCGGAACGCCAGGCGAACAGUCAACAGACUCGGUGGAAGCCAGAUUGAGCGGCAUAGAGCAGACUCUGUUCGAUGUCACCACACGACUGGCUCGGACCGAGGAUAACAACACUUACCUAUCCGCUCGUUGUCAGGCUGCGGUCGAUGGCUUUUCCAGAUGCCGCCGGUACACCUCGGAAAUUGCCCAGUUCUUGUCGCACGCGUUUCCCUCGGAUGCCCCGAUUCUUCGUGACAUCCAAUCGUUGCAGAAGGAAAUAGAGCGGCACAGUCACGCUCUAGAAGAACCUCCAAGGGAAAUGAUGCACCGUGACGCGCCAACGUUUACCACAACGUUGGUAGACAACGGCGUACCCUUAUCGCCACGGCAGCGGCCAGUGGAGGACGAUUCCCUCCGCGGUUCCUUCAGUGGCCCGCCGCGACCCUACUUCCGACACCCAGCUCCACCGGCACCGCAGGCUCCGGGGAGGCGUCUCGCCGCCCCCGGAAUGGCCGGCUCAUCCUCACCCAACUCGCUCCGUCCGCAACGGGAUCACCAACAACCGAUCCCGCACCCUCUAUCAAAUCUCCAAUCCCAAUCUCCACCGGGCCACCUAUCUCGGCGGCACACAACCGCCGAUAUCAGACAGCAUGGUUGGCAGGUCAACUCUCCGUUCAGCGGGAUUGGCCAGACCCCACACUGGCCCCCGUCACCCGGAAAGCCGCCGAAUGACUACAGAGAUGCUGGGCCCUACGACAUGUCGCAGGCACCCAGGCCAUCCAUAUUCUCGUCGCAGACUACGCCGCCCUUGAAUGAGGGCGGCAUGGGUAAUCAUGACGGGCCGGGUGGAGGCAUUGCGUGGGGUUUCGGAGGGACCAAGUUCCCUCCCCCUCGAGAAGCAGGACAUACGGCGCCUCCAACGAGGCGCUCGAGUCUUGCUUCCAGCAGCGUCCACGCAUUGCUGAAUCCACCGGAUUCGGCGAUGGAUAGGGAUGGUGUCAGCGAUGGUGAACCAGAUGACAGGAAGAGGAAGCGGAUGAUGUAG